UUUUAAUGGGCCGCCGACCCCAGCGCUGGAAUUGACCAAAAUGACUUGCAAGCCGAAACGGAGGGUGUGCUGGCUGGUCGUUCUGGUCUCGUCAUUCCUGUGGUGCUUCAAAUUGAUUUAUUCGGAAUUUGCAGGUGAUGACACAGCCAUGACUGCCACUGCAAGGGACAGCGAGCAGGAACAGGCCGCCCCCAUGCGACGAGAAGGACCUUUCACGACCUUGCCCUCUGUCCGCCCCAACCAAACAGACUUUGGUCCUGGAGUUCAUCUGAUGAGACGAGCAUCCUCAGGCGAUGACCAGCCAGAGCACAAACAGGUCAGCGUUGCGGAGGACCCCUGGAAGGCAGAGCAAGACAGACGGAAGGCCGCAGUAGCGAGAGGGUGCGCCGGCUGGAGGGAGGCUGUGUCGGACUACACGCCCUCCUCCUGGGGGGACAUGACGUCCUUCCUUGUGGACGACAAGCACAAGGCGAUCUACUGCUACGUGCCGAAGACUGCCUGCACGAACUGGAAGAGGCUUUGGAUGAUCCUGACGGGGUUGGUCGAGGUGAACGACCCGAAGGAAAUCCACAGCAGCAUUCCCCACCUCGUGCACAACAAAAUGAGGCUCGUAAGGCAGAAGUUAACUAAAAGCCAAGUUCAAAAGAAGCUUGAGACCUACACGAAGAUGAUCGUCGUGCGCCACCCAUUCGAGCGGCUCCUCUCGGCCUAUCUGGAUAAAUUUGUCGACCCUGGCAGCUCCUUCUACAAGAAAAGUUUUGCACUCCCGAUCAUGCAAAAAUACCGUGGAAAGGACAGCCAUGUGUCGGAAACAGGGGACGGAUUAACGUUCGGGGAAUUCGUCAAAUACGUCACCAGCUUGAAGCAAUACCGUCAUUUCGACGAGCACUGGAAACCGGCCGCGGAACUCUGCUAUCCGUGUGCUGUCCGCUAUGACGUCAUUGUCAAGUACGACACGCUCGCCGAGGAUGCUGAGAGGUUCCUGCGCCUGAUAGGAGCUCCUGCAGACCUCCACUUUCCAACCACUAACCCAAGGAACACCUCCAGCCAGCUCAAAAGAUAUUUCGCAGACAUCCCGAGAAAACAGCAGGAGGAACUCUUCCGGAUAUACCAAAGAGACUUUAAGAUCUUUGAGUACGAAGCCAUCUAGGAUUUCUGCAUCGUUUUUGGCUGUGUGAUAACAGCCCGAAUAAAACCGUACUGGGAAUGCAUGUGCACUACACACACA